GACCCCUUCCCUCCUAUGCCCCCACCACCCAAUUUUCUUCUUCUGAUGUUCCGGGACUUCAGCAAUGGCAACAAUUGUGUACUAACCUUUCAGUGCUCAUUUCAAAAUUGUAGGCCCAAGUUAUUAUUCCACUUCAUCUAAGAGUAUAAAUACUGCUACUUUGAAAGUGCCCAUAAAAAUUAAAAAAUGAACAAAACUUGGUGAUUUCACGAAGAAUUUCCAAAUAUUUCUAAUGACUUGACUCAGCAAGUUCAACCCCACAUAUAUUCCGGUGCUAGAGCCGUACCGGCUUUCUGCACGGGAACUGCCACGUGAAAUAUGACUCAGCAAAUGCAGAGCCUGCAGCUUUCCCAGUCGAAAAAGAACAAUCCUCCGUCUUCUCCCAACGCUGCUAAGCGACUCUAUCGGAACCUCUCAGAGAAGCUGAAGGGAAGCCACUCGUCUUUUGAUGAGGCCUAUUUCAGAGCCAGAUCAGACCGCCUCAGUCUGCGAAAGUCUUCAAUGAACUUUCAGUGCUGUGAAGCCAUGCUGGAAGCUGUGGAGCAGCAAGACCUGGACGCUGUCCAGAUUCUCCUCUAUCAAUACACACCCGAGGAGCUGGAUCUCAACACUCCUAACAGUGAGGGGCUAACUGCACUGGACAUCGCCAUCCUGACAAAUAAUGUGCCUAUUGCCAAGAUUCUUUUGAAGGCUGGGGCAAAGGAGAGUCCGCACUUUGUCAGUAUGGAAAGCAGGUCGAUCCAUCUGAGCAACUUAGUUCAAGAGGCUCAGCAACGAGUCAGCGAUCUGUCUGCAGAAGUAAUGAAUGAAGGGCUCAGCACAGACAGCUCCGAGAAGGAGAAGCAGCUGAAAUCCUGGGAGUGGAGAUAUCGACUCUACAAGCGCAUGAAAUCGGGCUAUGAACAUUCCAGAGCCCCCGAGGCACCGACCAACGUCUGCCUCAUGGUGACAAGCAGCACAUCACUCACUGUCACUUUCCAAGAACCUCAUAGCAUGAACUCAGCAGUGGUGACCAGAUAUAAAGCGGAAUGGAGCUAUUCAGAAGACUUUUCUCCUUUGGCUGGGGAAAUCAUCACGGAUCACCUUCAGUCUCUGAGGUGCACCAUCACCGGUCUCACCAUGGGCCGGAUCUAUUAUGUCCGAGUUUAUGCUUAUAACAUGAAAGGCUGGGGGCAGCCUCAGACUUCCACGCCCCCCUGUGCUUCUCCUUCGAACUGGAAAGACUACGAUGGCCGAGAGCCUAGGCACAGGGGACAGAUCGAGGCUCUGGAACGUUUGCUGCAGCAGGUUAGGGCAUCUCGUCCGAGUUACAGUUGCCGAGAUAGUUCUAAAUUGCAGAACGCGGGUCGCAAGCAAUCUGUCUCAAGAAGCCUGAAACAUCUCUUCCACUCUUCAAACAAGUUUGUGAAGACUUUGAAAAGAGGGCUCUAUUUAGCUGUGAUAUUUUAUUACAAAGACAAUAUGCUGGUCACCAACGAAGAUCAGAUCCCGAUUGUGGAAAUCGAUGAUUCUCACGCCAGUUCCAUCAUGCAAGAUUUCCUCUGGUUCACAAAGCUUUCUUGUAUGUGGGAUGAUAUCAGGUGGCUGAGACAAAACAUGUCUGUCUCCGUGUCAUCAUCCACCGCCCUCCAAGCCAGGCAGAAAAUGCUCUCUGCAACGGCCCAGUUACAGAAUCUGCUUGGUACACACAACUUGGGCCGAGUCUACUAUGAACCAAUCAAGGACCGGCAUGGCAAUAUCAUCAUAGUUACAAUAAGAGAAGUGGAGACUCUCUAUUCCUUUUUUAAUGGCAAGUGGAUGCAGAUAUCCAAACUACAAAGCCAGAGAAAAUCCCUUUCAACACCGGAAGAGCCCGUUGCAUUGGACAUCUUGCUCAUCACAAUCCAGGACAUUCUUUCCUAUCACAGAAGGAGCCAACAGCGCCUGGCUCCUGGCCUCUAUUUAGGCUACCUGAAACUCUGCAGUUCGGUGGACCAGAUAAAAGUCCUGGUGCUGCAAAGGCUGCCCAACAUUCUUUGUCAUGUUAAAAUCCGAGACAACAGCAAUGUGUCCAGAGAGGAGUGGGAAUGGAUCCAAAGCCUUUCUGGCUCGGAAUCUAUGGAAAAUAUGGAUCAUUCCGCAGAGUGUCCAACUCAACUGCUCGUCGAGCUCCAGAUGGCAGUGAAAGCGCUCCUGAAACAGAUCAGUCUUCCUCUACGACAGGCUAAGCUCUUCCGUCUGUAUACACAGGAGGUGUUGGAACUGGGUCACAAUGUGUCCUUUCUUCUCCUGCUCCCUGCCUCAGACGACGUCUGCACUGCCCCAGGACAGAAUAACCCUUACACCCCGCACUCAGGAUUCCUUAACCUCCCUCUUCAGAUGUUUGAACUCGUUCAUUUUUGCAGUUACAAGGAGAAAUUUAUUAGUCUGUAUUGCCGCCUUUCCGCUGUCAUAGAGCUAGAUUUUCUGAGCACCCAGCAAUCCCUAAGGGAAGCAAUUUCAGACAGUGAAGUCGCUGCAGCUAAACAAAGACACCAGCAAGUCCUAGAUUACACACAGCAAAUCGAUGAGAUCUGGCGUGAAAUGAGAUGGAUCAAUGAAGCACUGCAAUACGCACGGUAUAGACAGCCGCCUGCCGGCUUGCUGGUAGCAAAGAUUGUGGAUCUGUCAGAAGAACCCAUCCAAAAGAAGAUAAGUUCAACAUCCUCUCACCUCGAUUGUCUUCCAUCCCCACCACCCUCGCCAGAGAUGGAGACCCACCGGAGAAAAGUCUUGAGCGACUCCCAGCCGUACUCGGAUGAAGAAGGCUGCUCAGAAGUUUUCCUUCCAACCGACAGCGACUAUGACUCUAGCGAUGCUUUGAGCCCAAGGGAGCUGGAUUUGGUCUAUUCGUCCUCGCAGGACAUAUCCCACCAGGCUGUGAGCUGCCUGAGCGGCAGUGCACCGGAUGUUCUCCAGAUCCACGACAUCAAGCCUUGCUUGACUCCAAAACAGAACCUGAGAGGGGGUGGCACCUUGGAGGGCGACGUCGAUCAGACCAAGGAGCACCUGCAAAGCCUGUCGCUGGGAGGAGGGCUUUCGCCGAAAUGCACCGAAAAGUCUGCCACCUUGAGGCAACCCUUGAGCUUCUUGGGCAAGAAGAAGCACGGGAAGCACCAGCACUCCAGCUACUUCAGCCGGCACCAUCGCUGGCUCCGUGUGCACAGUGAGAGCCAGUCCAUCUCCCUCUCCGAGGGUCUGUAUACUCAGCAUCUCACACGAGCUAUGGAGUUCUCGCAAGAGCCUACCUCUGGCAGUGAGCAGAUAAGCAUCUCCAUCGACUGUCCGCGCAGCACGUUCUUACCUCACACUACGAGCCUCCCAGAAGAAGGCAAAGGCAAAUACCAGGAACUGAGGCCGAGUAUCCGUAGGAUAUAUGUGGAGCAGUACGGCACCAGCGAGGAUGGUAAAUCCUGGGCGCUAGGCAGCCGGCCGGUGGAACAGGAAGAUUUGCACAUUUCCACAGGCCAGCGAAUGGUUCCAGAAGAUCAGUCCAGUUCCAACACCGCUGAGGUAUACAGCAGCGAUCUUUAAGGGUGCAGUCCGCGCAGUGGCUCUGUUCCCCCUCAAUACUGCCUUCAGAAUGCGAUCGCAAUUAUUGCAAAUGGAGGAAGAGAGAGAUCUCGCUUCGAAGGAACCGUUGCAUUCUUGUCUUUGCCAGAUGCUGUUCAGAGUUACCAUGCAUUUCUGAGGUGCAGCAUGAAAAAAGGGGUUUGUCUCUUGGAAACAUGCAUGCCUGUGUAACCAUCUUGAAAACAGGGAGGCUGACCCCGGACUGUUAAGGGUUUUUCUGUGCUUUUAAUAGGGCAGAAAAGGCUGGUAUGGAGAAUGAAACUGUGCCAACGGUGCAGCCGAUUGGUGCUAUGAAGUGGCACACCAAGGGAAUGGGGAUAAAGAGGGUACCCAUUUUGAGCUGGGGGGGGGAGAUAUGUUCUGCCUUCAGUGUGCCCCCAUAGGGUGGGUGGGAGGAAUGACACACAAAGAUCUCCCCAAACGUUCAUUGGGAAAGGUAGUAGUUUGGGGAGAGGGCAAUAAAACGAUAACACAAAGCAUUCCUGUUUCAACUAAGCCCCAACUUUUGAUAUUUGCAUGUCUGGGAGCAGCUUUAGAGGGAGAGGAAUUCCUUCAGGUCAUAGCUACUCUACGGUGUUCAGCUAGCUGCUCCUGCGGAUGAUUUUCUCUACCUUACAAGUCUACCAUUCCCAAAGGUCUUUGUGGGGAACCAGGACAGUUAAAAGCGAUACAGAAUUGAAAGAGGUUUGCAAUCUACAUAUUGCUUCUGCAAUGGGGUAGAAUUGGCAGUUCUGUUUGCGUGCCGAGGUACCAAGACAUCCCCCCAAUAACUCGCACUUCACACAAUAUUUUAAGUUUAAGGUUCUGGGCAUUAAUUUGACCACAACUUUA